AUGAGUGCCGGGCAGUGCGCAGGCGCGGAGCGGUUCCAGUACCUGCAGGCUCUGGUCACUGAGUUCCAGGACACGGAUAGUAUAGAAGCCAAAGAACAGGUCCUGGCAAACCUAGCAAACUUCUCUUAUGACCCAAAGAACUUCUCUGACCUCCAGAAGCUGCAAGUUCCAGAUAUGUUUCUGGACAUGUUGACUGAAGACAAUGAAAAUCUGGUGGAGUUUGGAAUAGGUGGCAUCUGUAACCUGUGUCUGGACAAAGCCAUGAAGAAUCACAUUUUGUCCGCGGGAGGCCCAAGUCUUAUCAUUAACUGUUUAUCUAGCUGCCGUGAAGAGACUGUUCUUUCUGCCAUAACAGCACUCAUGUACCUGUGCACAGCUGCUUCUAGAGCUGAAAUCACUGCUCCUCCUGUUGUAGAGUGCAUGGUCCGCUUCUCUUUGUCAGACAACCGCAGGUUUAGCAAUUUGGCCAAAAUCUUUCUGGAGGAUUACUGCACUGAACAGCAAGUGGAAGAAGCAAGGUCUCUGAGCCAACAUUCUGCAUUGGGAAUUCCCCUUCCCAAAGACUGA